UCUUUAUGGCAUAGCUUCACUUUAAUUUCACAGCGUGCAACCCAUUCCCUUCAGUCCACAUCAGCAUGACAAGGACUAAAAUGCUGCCGAAGUUGCAAAAGAAGCCUCUAUGUUACCGUCAACUACUAACAGCUUAUUAAAGUGUCAUUUUUCACGCCGCUUCCCCAAAGUUAAGGUAAGCUGAUCCAACCACACGUUAAGCUUAUGUCGCAAACACUCCUAAUGACAUAUUGAAAAGUGAUGUCAUUGCCCGGGAUGACAUAUGGUUUUGGGAGGCAGGGCCAAAAUCUUUUACAUUUCAAGAACAUUGAAUUUCUUUAGAAGCCAAUCACAAGUUGAAUAUUUUGUUUAUCGUGUGUGCUCGUUUUCUAAACCUUGCAAUAAAAAGUCAACACCUUCCAGCUAUCAAAAAAUACACAUGGUAAAAAAAAAACUGCAAUAACACAUAGGGGGGAAAAAUAUUUUGAUUGUAAGAAACAAUAUAAAUGUGAAAAAAGGUGUCAUUUUAAAUAUAAUUAAUUUAAAAGAAUUUUAUAACCACUUUACCAGUCAUCGCUAAAUAAAUUGUCCUCAGAAACAUAUCACCAUAGUAAAUUCCCAUGUCUUAUUUACUGACAUUAUCUUUAUUGUAGACAAAAUGGAAGGACAAGGGGACGGACGGCACAACGGUCCAAAUUGCUACCGUAUUCCACUGCCAAUAGGAAACGGCGCACGGAAUAUGGAAACCCUUGGGCUAAGGGUUUUCAUUUUAAAUCAGGAGAUCAUCUUUUCCAUACACGCCAUGAUAAGGCCACCCGAUAAUGACGUCAUCGACAACGACGGCAACAACGAAGACAACGACGAGGACGACUAUAUUGAAGACAACGAGGACGAUAACGAUGACGAGGAACAGAUCGAUGACGACAAUAACAUCGAAGACAAUGAUCAGGAAGAAAACAUCGAGGAUAAUGAGAAUAUUGAAGACGACGAAGAGGACGUUACCGAAGACAGCGACGGCGAUGCCGACGUUGAAGACAACGACGCCGAAAUGGAAGAGCAUCACGAAUACCACGCAGACAACAACAAUAUGAACGACAUGCACAUGAAUGACGAGAAUGCCGUGCUCCUCUUCAGAAUCCGCGUAAGGCCGCUGCAACACGGCGACGUAUUUGACGACAUUUUCCUUGAAUUGCGUUUGGUGAACAACGACGACUUUGACGAGAUCGACAACAACGAAGACCAAAACGGCGAAGUCAACGAGGAGAACAUCGAGGACGACCAGAAUAUUGAUGAAGACGACGGUUUUGAAAAUGUCGUCAAUGCCGUCAAUAAUACAGACGAUGAAGACAACAAUUGUAAUAACAAUGAAGAUCCUGAAGAGAAUGACUGUAAUAACGAUGAAGGUUUUGAAGACUUUGACAAUGAAAUCGAAAAUAUUGAAGGUCGUAGUGUCAUUGGCAAUGUUGUCAAUGAAAAGAGUAAACAUUUCCACCCUGGAGUCUACCAAGACUUGGACGAUCCUUUGCCAGGACCGUCAAGGGAGAGGUCUAUAGAGGAUGAAGAUGAUGAGACGAGCAGGGGCAAACAAUUCCAGUGGUGGGAUGAUUGCAAUUCGGACAGUUUUUCUGAUAACAUUCAUGAAGACGAUGACUACCACCGCUGUUGUACAGCCAAGCAAAGGUCAAGCGACGACGUAGAUUCACAAGACGACAGAUGGGGGAAAAAAACGCGGAAAAAAAACUUCAUAUCAAAAUCGGAAGACGAGGACUUUGCCUUUUGUUCGAGUGAUCAUGAUGCAGACGAGGACCUCCCGCCUGAAUCCUCGAGGAAGAGGCCGCGAGGAGAAGGAGGACAUCCGUCCGAAACAGGAAGACGGGAGAAGCGUUUUCGACACAGCAACACCUCCGGUAGCGACUUGGAUGAAGUCCAACCAGAUGUUCGGCCUGGAUCGUCCUCAAACAGGUUGAGAGACAAUCAAGAUGAAGAAACUAAGGACAGCGAGAAAUAAUUCACGAGGUAGGGAUGAUAAUUCAUUAACUGAUGAUGGAGAAUUCCGCCGAUUGUUCGGAAUAGUUGAUUGGAUCGUGUCUCGACGCAAUUGAGGCGAAAUGAAGUGCACUGCCUGACGGCAACCAGCAGAGGCGCUGUUGAUUCAGUCUCGACUCGUUUGCUGGCUUAAGAGGAGCAGCAUGACGUCCGCUGAGCUAUAUUCACACGAUGGCACAACUCCAGGCAGCAUUAUUGUGCUGCUCUACAACAAUGACACUGAAACAGGAGUUCAGAACAUUCAGAGAUUUAAUUAAAACUAGAAUCAAAACGAAUAGGUAGUUGAAUAUGCAUGUCUUGUACAUGUUUAUUCUUGAUUACCCCUGCCAAGGGAAUUAAUGAAUUAUUGUGCACUGGUGGAGGAUUACGAUGUAUAUCUAAAUCCAGAUUUUGCUUUUUUUUUUUUUUUUCUACAUUUUCCUAAUGUAAGGAAAGUGCCACAGAAUGUUUUCAUCAUUUCUGCAGAUAAGACAACAUAGUACUGAUAGUUUUACUUGUAAAAUGGUCAUUGUGAAAUUAAUCCCAAUAUAACAUUUGUACACAUUAUAUCCAGUCAAAGCGAAAACUAUUUUCCUCUUUUAUGAUCAGACUUGUAAACUAGUUUAAGAACAGUUAAGCAAACUGAAAUAGCGACAUCAUACACAUACGCACACGGUCAUGUGUUGAUGACAUAAAUUGCUUUGUUCAAAGCACCUGGAAAGGAGGUAACAAAAGAUGUGGCGAUGACACAGAGCAUUAAAGCCAACAUUGUUUUCCUGCAUGCACUGAGCACCAGUUUUUGGUCCCAAAAAAAUGUUAAUGUUUGAAGUGUGUUUUUUUUACAAGUAAACAAUCCCGAAAGUUCACCCCUAAAUUGUUUAGUCACCUGAAUGUUUUUGCUGUAUACAAACUACAAUUUUUCAGAGAAGGUCCCUGAAGUAAAGGUAUGUCUACACAAAGCAUCAUUUAGAAUAGCAGAUUAAUUGGGGAACGCAUGAGUUCAGAAUGAUAGUUAAUGGGAUUCUUCUUUGGUGUCUUAACAAAUUACAAUCAAAUAUUGAUCAUUUUUGGUAUUUUGUCAGUAACUUGUUGUGGAUGUAGGAUUAGAUUUCUUUAGAUAGGGCAUGUGUUGAAAUAUUCAGAAAGUCCAAAUUUGAGACUUUUAAAACUUGAUAUUUGAUUUUACACCUUUUUCGUUACAUUUUAGUAGGACUUUAAAAAAAAUAAUAAUAAUAAUAUAACAUUGAAAAUUAUAGAGACUUACACUUUUGGACAAUAAUAUUUUGAGAUUAUCAUUGUCUUUGGUAUCUUUGCUUAUCUAGGAGACAUUAUGUGCUACUCUUGCCUAACAGUAAGGCACGUGGCCUUAUUUCCAACGGUGGUAUUUAAUUACAAUUAAUAAUUCUAACAGUAAAUAAACACCUGUAUUUUGGAUUUGAAUUAACUGUUAUUUCAUAUGCACAGUUGAGACCCAUGUCAACAAUGAGGAAGACGUUUUAUUAUUGAUUUUGGAUUCCUUUUAGACAAAAUGGAAGGACAAGGCGAUGGAUGGCACAAUGGCCCGAGUAGUUACCAUAUUCCGCUGCUUAUAGGAAACAGACCACCCAACGACGACCCUAACAUGGAGUACAUUGUCGUACUUGAUUUUAUCGUGAAUCAAGAGAUUAUCUUUGUGAACGAGGCGGAACCGUGGCCAAACGAUGACAUUGACAUGAAUGUCGAUGAGAAUGAAGAAAACAUUGACAUUAUCAUUGACAGUGACAAUCAGUUGGAAGCAGCUGUUGGGGCUGAGGUUGAGAUAGGUGUCAUUCGAAGCGCGGAGGAAGAAGACCCUCUGCUCGGCUUGUCGAGGAAUAUCUGUAAAGAUGAUUAUGAGGAGGAGGAGGAAGAGGAGGAAGACAGCAGCAGUUUCCGGUGGUGGGAUGAGUUCGAUGGCAACAGUUCUGACGGCAGUGCUGAGCAAGACGUCACUGAUGUCGAAGCCCCACUAAUGCUACAAACGCAGGCCAACGUGUAUGUCAUGAGCCUAAGCGGGCAUCUGGCGCACAGCUCGGGCAUCAUUGUCUUGGCCGAGGGGGAGAGACCGUCAAAGGAGGGGGACGGUUUCUGGGACCAAGACAUGGUGGACGACCCCCUGACCACACCGUCCGCAGAAAAAUUCAAAGAAAACCACGAAGAACGAAAUAGCAGCAUCAUGAACUGAUUGAAAGGAUGAGAUUAAAUUCAUUGCAAACUGAUGGAUGCUUAUGAUGACUUUGAGCACAGUCAUAUAGUUCAACUAUGUCCAGUGCUGUUUUUUCACCAUCCAAAUAAAAUGCCCGUCAUCGGCUGUGAUCAAUUUUUUUGCCUCUAACCGAGCGGAAAAAGAAACUAAAGCUGGAAUAUUGUUGGGUGGGAUAUUCAAAAUCUGUCAUAUUGUUCUAGAUAUUGAAAGACCCUGUAAAGUUUGCAUCAGCGGUUAUCCUGCACAAUUGUGAAGUGCAGUUAGCU